AUGGGUCUGGGCAGAAGACGCCUGAGUGUGGUGAAGGAUUGUGGCAGCGGCAGUGGCGGUGGUGGCGGUGGUGGCGGCGGCGCUGGUGGCGGGUCGGACAUAUCCAAGGAUCACUGCAACAAGACGGUGGACAUCUUCGAGGACAUCAGCUCGCCGGAGGUCAGCAAUCAGAAUGUGGGUCGACCGCUGACCUGCUGGUAUCGCUUCCGCACCCUCAAGGGGGCGCCGCGCGACUUUGUGCUGCGUCUGCGGUUCAAGAAGUUCAAAGUGGGUCAACUGCUGAAUGCGACCCACUGCGAGGGCGGAUAUUUACAGAUUGUUGACGGCAAUGCCAAGACGGAUGUCUCCAAUCGCCGGGAGCCGGGCAUGUUCUGCGGCGAGGCCGAGCAGCCCCAGACAUUCAUCAGCGAGACGAGCUAUGUGAAAGUGCUAUUCCACACGGACAACUUUACGGAUCAGGUGAGCCCCAGCGUCUCUCUUUGAGGGAAGCUCUUCCUGCGAGAAUUCCAACU